CUUGCAACGACGCUUCACACUGUAAACGCAAAUAUAAGUAUUUCAUGCGCACUUUUCCGAAAACUGUAUAGAUUUCUCGUUAAUUGUCUUCUUUUAAAUGUUCAAAGUUCGGGGAUUAGCAGUACUUAGGUCUUUGCAUCACUCAACUGCCUCUAACCUGUGGCAGUAGAACUGUUUAUGAAUGCUUUUACUUUUAAACAACAACCGGAAGUGGCAAUACUGUCAAGCGGUCCGACCCACACGGCUCUGGGCUGACUGACCGGCCUAUUUCACACAGCAUUAUGAAUAUAAUUAGCUAACGUCAGUUAAUUUGUUGGCUCAAGGCUCAACAAACAGACAGUGAAUAUGUAUUAGAACAGUAUAUCAGUAGCAGCAACUACAGGAUCACACCAGACUGUGGAUGGAGUCAGCGCCAAACGUUUUCACUUAUUUAAUCACGACAAGGGACCUCAGGGUUUGGGAUUCACACCAUCCUGCACAUCAACAAGAGGAAAAUGGUCAAGUAUUUCUGUAAUAACACCGACAUCAAGAGUACAUGGGACCAUGUUGUCUCUGCUUUCUGGCAGAGGUACCCAAACCCAUUCAGCACCCAUGUUCUCACCGAAGAUGUUGUGUACCGAGAGGUAACACCGGACCACCAGCUUCUCUCCAGACGGCUUCUAAUGAAGACCAAUCGGUUGCCUCGCUGGGCGGAGCGGUUCUUCCCCACUGGCAUGUCUCGCUCGGUGUACAUCAUCGAGGACUCCAUCGUGGACCCUGUGAACAGGACCCUGACCACCUACACCUGGAACCUCAACCACACAACUCUCAUGUCUGUUGAAGAGCGCUGUGUUUUCCAAGGCUCAGUGGAGCAUCCAGCAACCACACAACUGAAGCGUGAGGCGUGGAUAUCCUCGAGCAUUUAUGGCUUCUCCAGACCUAUUCAGGAAUUUGGUUUGGCUCGCUUCAAGAGCAACCAGGUGAAGGCCAUGAAGGGGCUGGAAUACGCGCUGUCCAACCUGCAGGGGAUCGGCAUCAGGCUGAGCGUCAUGGAGAGACGCCCCAGCGGCUACUCAGGGACACAGUGAAGGGCGCGUCAGAGAAGGCCAAGGAAGCAGCCAAGACACUGGCUUCAGCUGCUGCUGUCCCACAGAAACCCCGGCAGUUUGUCUGAAAGGUGUGUGUGUGUGUGUGUGCGUGCGUGUGCAUGUGUGUGAGUGAGUGAGAGAAUGGAUUCAGCACGAUGCCUUUCAAUCACCCCGGUCAUCAUGAAGUUUUGCUGUAUGGUCGUUGUUUACGAUUUCUCUUAAUAAGAAAGGCAGUCUUUAUUUUUCUACAGUCUGGAUCCUCUGUGGAGUUACCUCUGCUGACUGACUUUUACUUUGUCUUUUUUUCUUCGCGUCUCUCUGAGCUUUUGGAAAAUCUCAGGUCCUCGGCCUUCACGUGAAACCUGCUGCCUUUCAAACCAGCAGCACCUCUCUCUGCUUUAACUUGUGGAUGCUGCGUCUUAUUUAUAUUAAUUUUGAAAUCUGCUGUCAAAGACAAUAGUAUUUCUGUUUAAUUACGUUUAUAAUCAGCAUGUAUGCUUUCUUUUCACUGGGUAUUUCCAGUUUGUUCCUCAACAUAUCAAGGACUUAUUGAGCUCCAGCUAAAAGCUCACACUAGGAUUAUAUUGAAUGCUUAAUGUGCUUGCAGGAAAUAUUUAAAUGGUUACGUUUACUGGAUUUGAGACUACAACAAACUGCAAAUAACUAUCUGUUUGAAGUUUGAGUACACAAUCUAUGCUGUGAUAGUGCGUGCAUGUUUAGACAGCAUAAAUGCUUCUGCUGGCAGGUCUGUACUGAUGUAUGGAUAAUCACAAAAAAGUGAGAAUGAGCACUUUUACCACACUGCUGCUCAAAAGUUUGGAGUCACUUUGAAAUUCUCUAUUUUUUUUUUUUUAAGGAAAUCAUGGUUCUUUUUUAUUUCAACAACAAGGAUUGAUUCGUCAUGAAUCAUUUUUAAUGUAAAAAAAAAAAAAAAAAAGCCUCUGUAGGUGUUCAAAAUCUCAUUUUCAGUUGCGUUAUGACGGCUCAUUGUGUCUAUCGGGUUAAAAGGUCGAUGGCUCAUUAGAAACUGUUGUGGUAAUUAAAUAGUGGUGUCUGGAGCAUCAGCCUCUGUGAUAUGAGUGGAGUAGUACAUGUACUAAAUCUGUCUGCAGAUAAACUCCAAACCCUUGAGCAACGGUGUAAUGUGAGUAGACUUUAACUGUACGACUGUGUCGCUAAGGUGCAUGCGUGAGAGUAGAUCCUUUCUGCUUGUUGAUAUGAUGUUUAUGGAAGGAAGGGUUAUAGGAAGGGUGUCAAACUCAUUUUAUGCCACGGGCCACAUAGAGGGUAAUUUCAUCUUACGUUGGCCGGACCAGUGGAACUACAGUACUGCCUCAUAAUGUCUUUAAAAAAAAAACACACUGCCAGCUGUCUCCCCUUUCAUUCAGUGUAAAGAAGUUUAACUGCACGUUUAAUACCUGAGAUGUGUGACGUCAA